AUGUGGAACACAACCAAAACAAGCUCAUUGUCAGCAUGGGGUGGUAUGCGAUCUCAUCACCUUUCCUUCAGCGAUCGCAAAUGGGAAAAAGAGAAAAAAAAGAAGAAGCAAGAAACUCAAACCGAUUUGCAGCAGAAUUUUUUGAGUAGUGCUCGAAUGCUGAAAUCUUUGCAAGGGCAACACUUCAGAAGAAAACUAAAAUCGAAGAAACUGUGUUGUGUUGCUGUUGUCGGUUCGGCAGAUGUCCUCACUGAUUCACGCGGUAUUCCUUCUUCAGCCGGUUCAAAUUUCUCACGCUGA